UCAUCCUCCUCCUCUUCCUCCUCGUCCUCUUCCUCCUCCCCUCCUCAGUCCUCCUCCUACUCCUCCUCCUCGUCCUCAUCCUCUCAUGGAUCCUCCUCCUCCUCCUCUUCAUCCUCCUCCUCUUCCUCCUCGUCCUCCUCCUCCUCCUCCUCCUCCUCCUCAUCCUCCUCCUCCUCCUCCUCCUCCUCCUCCUCAUCCUCUUCCUCCUCUUCCUCCUCCUCCUCCCUCUCAUCGAGCUCCUCCUCCUCCUCCUCCUCCUCCUCCUCCUCCUCCUCCUCCUCCUCCUCCUCCUCCUCCUCCUCCUCCUCCUCCUCCUCCUCCUCCUCCUCCUCCUCCUCCUCCUCCUCCUCCUCCUCCUCCUCCUCCUCCUCCUCCUCCUCCUCCUCCUCCUCCUCCUCCUCCUCCUCCUCCUCCUCCUCCUCCUCCUCCUCCUCCUCCUCCUCCUCCUCCUCCUCCUCCUCCUCCUCCUCCUCCUCCUCCUCCUCCUCCUCCUCCUUCUCCUCCUCCUCCUCAUCCUCAUCAUCAUCCUCCUCUUCAUCCUCUUCCUCCUCCUCCUCCUCCUCC